AACCAAUUAUAAAUACAUCACGAAAAGUAUGAAUUAAUGGCAAUUUUGAUUUUAUUAAUUCAAAUUUUAAUGAUAAACGUUUCUUGUGUUAAAUCCAACGAUGAAAUGAACACGACACUAAUCGGUUCUUGCACCCACCGAAUCUUUUGUAACGACCAAGUGUUAUCGGCCAUCCAAAACGCCGAUAUCUAUAACACAUUAAAAGAAUUCUUGGAUAUGAGUAUCAUGGAGGGAGAAACCGUCGAUUCGAUCUUAAAAAGUUUCAACGAAUUGAUGAAAAAGCACAACGGGAAACCAUCAAAAUACGAUAUGCUAGCUUUCUUGGAAAGUUAUUUCCACAAAUUGCAAUUACUCGAAAUUUGGCGCCCGGAUGAUUACAAGGACACCCCGAAAAUCAUCUCUCAGAUCAAAAACGUCGAAUUAAGAACUAUGGCGCGGAAAAUAAUCGAAACUUGGCCCCGAUUAGGACGAAAAAUCAGAAAGACAGCUAAGGAUUCGCCCGAAUCGCAUACUUUGAUUUACGUUCCGAACGGUUUUAUCAUACCAAGUGGGAAAUUUGAAGAGUAUCAUUAUUGGGAUAUGUAUUGGACCGCGAGAGGGCUUUUAUUAUCCGAUAUGGACAAAACGGUGCGAGGAAUUUUAACUAAUCAUUGUUAUUUAUUAAAAAAAUUCGGUUUUAUACCAACCGGAGGUCGAAUUUAUUACAUAAGUCGAUCAAACCCUCCUCUUUUAAUGAAACUAGCCAGGGAAUAUCUCGAUAAAACCGGCGAUUUAGACUGGUUAAGACCCAACAUACCCUUACUAGAAAAAGAAUUAUUCUUUUGGAUCAACAAACGCUUCACUAUCGUUACCAUCAAUAAAAAAACAUACAGCUUAGCCCAGUAUUACGUUAACAGUACUGGACCAAGACCCGAAGAAUAUCAUAAAGAUUUAAAAUUAGCUGAUAUUUACCAAGAGGAUAUAGACAAAGAAACCUUUUAUAAUGAAGUGAAAAGUGCUGCUGAAAGUCGUUGGGAGGACUCGACUCGGUUUUAUCGUAGCCUUAGAAAAUCACAGUUCGAAAACGCUUCUAUAAUUUCAGUUUCGAAAGUAAUUCCGGCCGAUUUAAACGGGAUUCUUUACGGCGCUUUCAACGACAUGGCGCAAAUGUACUCAAAAAUCGGCCAAUUGCAGAAUAAAACUGCGUGGACUCAACGAGCCGAGGAACUAAAAAAAGCGAUUAACUCUGUGUUAUGGGACGAGGAGGAUGGAAUUUGGUACGAUUACAACUUAAUAACGAAAAAGCGAGUGCGAAUGUUUGCCUGUAGUAACUUAGUACCGCUUUGGACCAAAGUUUACGACGAUGAUAAUCAGGAAUUUAUCGGUAAACGAGUUAGCGAGUACUUAAUUCGUAAAGAAAUCGUUAAUUAUGUUGGGGGAAUACCCCCGACUAAAAAAGGUUUUGGGAAUUGGGAUUAUCCUUUCGUUUAUCCCUAUCACCAAUACAUUAUAGUGCAUGGUUUGAAGGAUACCGGCGAAAAACAAGCUUUGGAGCUGAUGCACACUUUUGUUGAUAAUUUUUUGAACGCUUGUAUUAUCGGGUUUAAAUCCACCGGAAUGCUUUAUGAUAAAUACCACGCCGAUAUACCUGGACGGUACGGUGGUGGUCGUGAUUUUGAACGUACGAGCGGUUUUGCUUCGACAAAUGGGGUUGUGUUGGACUUUAUUGAUAUUUAUACUACUUCCGGGUUUAAAAUGAAGCGUUAUAAUCGUAACUUAAGAAAUAUAAUUGUAUUGUUAUUUGUAAGAUGUUUCAAUAUUUAA